UAACGGUCGCUGUUUUUUAAACCAACUGAUCUGGCUCUGCCCCGCGCUCUUUUAACGUUAAUUGCAAUCGUUCCAGCCUACUUUGCUGUCAUUUAUCAAAUAGACGGAAAACAUCGACGUUUAUCGCCUCACUUAUAGGCUAUGUAGUCCUGACUUUAUAUGGGAUUCUGUUUCUGUAGGUCUAAAAACCAAUACACGCGAUACCGUGUGAAUACCCUUUCCUUUUCUCUUUCCAGUGGCUGGCACAGGUGCUGCGCUCCCCGGGUGCCUUUCUAGCGCUUUAUCCGUCUGCACAGCGACGCGACCCGAUGGCUGGGGACAGACGCGACGAGGACACUGAGGAAUUUCGAAACGUCUGUGCUCCGCGGAGUGGAAAUUCAGAACAAACAGAAAGAGCUCAACUAGAAUGCUUAAAUUCAAGCCAAGGGGCCCUGUCAUCAAUAAGACCUGCAUUUAAGAGAACAUCCAGAAGCUCGCCGUCACGGACAGACAACGGCAGACAGAGGAGGCAGCCAGAGAUACGGAUCCUAUCUGUAGAGCCACUGCCAGUCACUUCCUGGUUUGCAAGGUCUACAGGGGGACUUCAGCAACACCCUCUGUCAGUCUCGGCCAGUUUGGGACAGCAGCAUCCCUGUCUCCGACCAGACUUGGUGGGGAAGCCCAGGCCAUCAUUACCAAAACCACUGACCACAUCUAAAGCCGGCGGACCUACACUGGACACAGACCCUCCUGCUGACCCACACAGAGCCCAAAGCCAGUGCCAGCCAGCCACACACUGACCAAUCCACAUCAGUACGGCAUUCACUCAUUUCUGUGACGUUCCCACUGUCCAGUUACAGGCCUCUGAGCAUUAUAAGACGCCAUUUCCUGA